AGCGCUUGUUGCCGCUAGGGGCAGGCGAAUUGAGCAGGAGAAAUCAGAAGGAUGUGCUGCGCCCAGAGAUCGGGGGAAGAGGCUGAUGCUCGGAAUGAAAUCACGCUGCUCUCAUAGUCCAGCACUGAAUGAUUAUUGGGGCACAAGGUUCCUGUGUGGAUAAGGCCCUGUUGUUACCAAGUUUCGCUGCAGUGUCAUUGUUGAAGUCAGCAUGCGCCUCUCUAGGAAGCUGUGUGCAGCCCUGGUGGUGACUGUGCCCCUAUCCCUUCUCUGCUUUCACAUCUUUACCAAGCCUGCCAGUGUGGUGAAUGUCUGGAACCGGGAAGCACCCAAGUAUCUGCUGGACCCCAGUGUGUUUCAGCCGUCUGAGAAACUGGCUCACAUACCUUUCAAGUGGAAAGAAGAUGUAUUGCAGUUGCUUCCAAAAAACAGUUGCAAAUGUGAAGCCGAAGCCACUCUGAACAUUCCUUUCAGACAGGAGCUCUUUGGAAAGCCCUAUGCAAUCGAUUUUACUUCAGCUAUCGAUGAAUCCGAGCUUGAUGAAACAAAAAAACGGAGAGAGCAAGAAUUCAAGAAAUAUAAUAUGAGGUAUCACAAUCCAACAGACAGGCUUAUUAUUGCAAAGGCCAACUCUCCGCUGCAGUAUCCCACACAGGGGGUUGAAGUCCAUCCACUUAAGACAAUAAUUAUACCAGGUCUUAGUCUCCAAGAUUUCCUUAAAAAGGUUUACAAGGUGAGCAUGUCAUCCAGUAUGGGAACUUUUAACACUGCUGCCGAAGUGGAGGGAGUUACAGUUAAAGGAGCCGGAGAAGGGCGCAUUACACUAUCCAGCCCUAAUAUGGACAACCUGAAUCGCCAACUCCAGUUUAUUUCAUAUACCAACACUAUUUUCAAUCCAAACACAGCUGACAUUGUGAAACUUCAGACAGAUGAGCAUUCAGCCACUUUUCAUAUCAAAAUUCGCCAUCCUAGAAUUCCUAGGCUAUAUGACUCUGGAUCAAGUAACUCCAAAUACAAUAUCAGCACCUUGGUCACCAUCGCUACAAAAACUUUCCUUCGCUAUGACAAGCUGCAGAAUUUGAUAGACAGCAUUAGAAAGUAUUACCCUACGGUCCCUAUUAUCAUCGCGGAUGACAGCGAGAAGCCGCAGAAGGUUGAGGGACCCUUUAUCGAGCAAUAUAUUAUGCCUUUUGGAAAGGGCUGGUUUGCUGGCAGGAAUUUAGCCAUCUCUCAAGUCACCACAAAAUAUGUCUUGUGGGUUGAUGAUGACUUCAUAUUUAGCCCCCGGACAAAAAUUGAGAAGUUAGUCGACAUUUUGGAAAAGACAACUCUGGAUUUGGUGGGCGGUUCUGUUAGAGAAAUCACAGGAUAUUAUACCACAUAUCGGCAGAAGAUUACCGUAUUUCCCGGAGGCAAGGAAGGCGAUUGCCUGAUGACACAUCAAGGCUACCAUCAUGCCAUAGAAGGCUUCCCUAACUGUGUGGUCACUGAUGGAGUAGUAAAUUUUUUCCUAGCACGAACAGAAAAAGCUCUGCAAGUCGGUUUUGACCCACGAUUGUCUCGAAUAGGACAUCUAGAAUUCUUCAUUGAUGGGCUGGGGAUACUACACAUUGGUUCCUGUGAUGAUGUCAUAGUAGAUCAUGCCUCGAAAAUCCAGUUACCCUGGUCCAAGACAGAAACGGACAAGGAAUAUGCCAAGUUCCGGUACCCCAAAUCCUCUGAUAAUGGUGCCAAUGUGAAUCAAAUUUUGUAUUAUUUUAAAAACCGAUUCAAAUGUGCCACUGGAAACUGAUGGAGGAUGUCAAGUCAAAGUGAAGAAAACUGAGAGCCCUGAAAAUGACCCCUCACUUUUUGGUGCACAUCAAUGCUUAAUAUGGCAGGCAGGUCCUGUAAUAUGUUCUACUGCAAUGAAUUUGGGAAAUGUUGCAAAAGCAUCUCUAUGACAACAAUGACAACUGAUAAGUUUAGAUCUCUCUAAAUCUUUGCCAUAAAGAAUUCUGCAAAGCUGUAUUAGCAAGACUAGUACCUGCAGAAAUAAUGGGACCAGUUCUAUGGUGUGUGUUUUUAAAAGCAUCUUGUUCUCUUUUAGCCUAAUUAAAUGUUGUUAAUUCACGUGUACCAAAGAACGGCAGUGACUGGAUUGUGAAACUGGUAAUGACAAGGCAACUUUUUCAUACUGCACGAUCGUGGAGUGCUCUACCCAUUCAAAAUGCACUUGUUGAAAGUGCUGGGUGCUCAACCGGAAGACCCUUCAAAAGUACAUGUAGAAAAUAAUCCACAAGCACACCAGUGUAUUGCUCAAUGAGCAAAAAGGGGGCAAAGUUUCGGGCCCCUAUAAACCCUUUGUCAAGCAAUACACUGGUGUGCUUCUGGACUAUUUUGUAAAUGCAACUAUUUCAUGUCACAACUGAAAAAAGGGGACCAGAACAAUCCCUUGAGGGAAGAAGUCAUUCUGAAAUAUAUGUUUCAAGUGUAACUAAUCCUGAGAAACUACUGACCAAGAACAUGAAACCAGAAGGCUGUAGAACUUUGCAGUCAUGUGGGUGUCAAAAUAGACAAUGUUCCACUGAUAUUUGUAGUGCUGUAGGCUUCUGACUGAUUCACAUUUGUCCGUUCAGGAAAAUAAUCUUUUCCCAUUCACUGGAACUGCCAAGAAAGCUAACUAGCAAUUUCUGAAGCGCAACUUAGUAAGAGCAAGUAAGAGCCUAGGAUGCUAGAAAAGAAAGACCUCAACUCCUCCAACCUACAUAAUCACCAAAGCUCCUACCCAUGCAUCUUCCACCCCUCUCUUGAUAAAUGCCACAUUUCUGUCCAUUUAGGUGGAACGCAUCAUUGGAGCUAUCAUUUUGCCAUUGGUUUUAGGAGCAUCUUUCCGUUCAGUGUGAAAUGAAUAUGAGAGUCGAAUGCUGCUAGAUUUGGCUACACUCGUACAUGUCCAGAUUGUACUGAUGUAUAGUGUGUACAAUGCUUGCACUGAUGCACAAGUGCAGCUCCGGUGAUCCACACACUGAUGGUUGGCACUGACAAGUUACGUUACUUGUGCACAUGGAUACCUUGACAUCAGUUUACGUCAUUUUGCUGUUGUGAUUAGUGAUGAGCGAUUCUGUCCUGUUUUGUUUAGCUGAAAAAUUUGCAAAACUACUAAAAGGUUUGUGAAACAGAAAAUUAUAUGAAACCCAUUGAAGUCAAUAGGCAACACGAUUUUUUUACGGUCAGCAAUUUUUUAUGUGAGCGACUUUUUUUUUCUCACUCCAAAAGCAUUAAAAUCAAUAGGCGUUUUUUCUUAUGGUGACUUUUUUGUCUCUGCAACAUUUUUCCACUGAAAACUUGUGCUGCAGUUUUGUGGAAAAAAUUACAGAUGUUGAAAUGUGGAAUUUUUCCUCGAUUCCAUGCCUGCAUGUGUGUUUCAAUACCCAAUACAAAAAUAUUAAACAGAGCACACAUGUACAUGCAUUAUGCCAUAGAAAGAUAUGGGUUUUGUAUUUUGAGUCUCCAUAUUUGUAUUUUAAUGGCUGAAACUCACAUCAGAUUGACCAAGAGACAUUCAUGUUUUCUUAGCAUGACCAACAAAAUUGAGGGCACAGAUCACAAUAGCUUUCAAUUUUGAUGGGGUUGAAUGUGUAGUUAGUGAUAAAGAAAUACAUACAUUAUGGUUCAUAGUAUAAAUGUGUUUAUCUGAGAUUUAUUGUGAGAACUGUUUUGAUGUUUCUCUGCUCAGGAAAGGCAUGGGAAAGGCCUUCUGAUGUUUCUGCUCUUUUGCCUGAACAGAGCAAUAUCACAAAAGAGCUCUGUUUUCCUUCUGAUGAUAUGUCCUAGACCAGGGGCCCAAACCUUUUUUUAUCUGUGAGCCACAUUAAAAUGUAAAAAGAGUUGGGGAGCAACACAAGUAAGAAAAAGUCCCUUA